CUCCACCGUUAGAUGGCGCGCCUCGUCGCUUUUCCGGUGAAGAAACUUCUCUCUGUUGUUGUACAUGAGAAUGGCGACGCGUGCUAAAGCAGGUCGUGGGGCAAAGCGCAAGGCAGACGUGAUUGCAGAGGCAGCGCCCGUGGCAAAGCAGGAUAAAGGAAACAAGGGUGAACGGGAGGAUGAUGAAGGCCAGAGAGUCAUCAUCGAACACUGUAAAAGCUGACGUGUGUAUGGGCGGAAUGCCGAUACUGUGCGUGAGGCUCUCCUCUCCGCACAUCCUGAGCUUCAUGUGGUGCUCAACCCCGAGAAGCCUCGACGCAACAGCUUUGAGGUCACUCUAAUCGAGGGGAAGAAAGAGUUGGUGUUGUGGACUGGUCUCAAGAAAGGUCCUCCCCGUAAACUGAAGUUUCCAGAGCCCGCUGAGGUUGUAACUGCCCUGGAGGAUGCCCUAAAGAGCAAGUAGAAAUUGUGAGGAAAGUUAAUCGUCUUGAGUUUCUUGGAUGCAUAAUGAUGAGGAUGGACCAAAUGGAUGACUUCCAGUCUGUUCUCUGAUGUGUUUAGCACCCUAACCUGGAUCAUUGCUGCCUCCUCAUGAUCUUCUGUUUACUUCUUUUUGAGUUCACAAGCUGAUGUGUGUUCUUUACUUUAACCGUGGUUAUAUUAUUAGACGUUUCUGUAGACUUAUGCUUCAUUACUUCUUGGGAAAUGGGUUUGGUACACUAUGGCCAAAAUUAUGUGGACAGCAGACCAUCACACCAUCGUGUGAUGUCCUUGAACAACCCAUUCCAGAUUUCUUUUCUUUUUCUGUUUAGAAUAAGCUCCAGUCUUCUGUGAAGGCUUUCCACUAGAUUUUGGUGUAUUGCUGUGGGAAUUUGUGUUCAUUCAGCUAUAUUAGUGAGGUCAGGCACUGAUGUUUAGUGAGGAGGCCUGGGGUGCAGUUCAUCCCACGGGUGUUGGGGUUGAGGUCGAGGUCAGGGCUCUGAAGAUCACUCAAGUUCUUCCGCUCCAACCUCAGCAAACCAUGUCUCCGUUUACCUCCUUUUGUGCACAGGGACAUUGUCAUGCUUUGGGAUUGCCUCCUUAGUUCACUGAAGAGAAAUUGUAAUGCUACAGCAUACAAAGCCACCUUAUACAAUCGUUUGCUUCAAACUUUGUGCCAGCGUUUUGAGGAAGACCCACAUAUGGGUGUGAUGGUUAAGUAUCCACAUACUUUUGGCCAUAUAGUGUAUGUUUGGUAUAUUAAAAUCUGCUAUAAACACCGUUUUGAAUUCGUAAACGUCUACUGUGUUGUGUAUAAAAGCGAUUU